UUCAGUCACCGCGAGAUGUUCAGACUGAGCAAUCGACUAUCCAAGGCCCUCGGCGGUCUGCGCCACGCCUCCUCCGCCUCCGAGGGUCAGCGCACCGCCCUCUACGAUUUCCACGUGCAAAAGGGCGGGAAAAUUGUGAAUUUCGGUGGAUACGCUCUCCCAGUUCAAUAUUCUGACCAAAGCAUCAUCGCCUCGCAUCUUUACACCCGGAAAGUGGGUUCCAUUUUCGAUGUUUCUCACAUGUUGCAAACCCGAGUUUUUGGCAAGGAUGCGGCUGCCUGUCUGGAAUCUGUUUGCACUGCCGAUAUCCUGGGAACUCCGGAUGGAAGUGGAACCCUUACUGUUUUUACCAAUGAAUCAGGUGGUAUUUUGGAUGAUCUUAUCGUGAACAAAGUCAGCGAAAAGGAGCUCUAUGUGGUUUCCAAUGCGGCAAUGAAGGAACAAGAUAUGGGAAUCAUGAGCGCUGCUGUGAAUAACUUCAAGUCAAAUGGCAAGGAUGUAACCAUUGAAUUCCUCACUCCCACUGAUCAAUCUUUGGUGGCAGUUCAGGGUCCCCAAGUUUCACUCGAACUAUCCAAACUAUUGCCUAAGGAUGCUUCCCUUGAUCAACUCUACUUCAUGAGAUCCUUUGUCACCUCAGUGGCUGGUAUACCUAAUAUUAGGAUCACCAGAUGUGGUUACACCGGCGAGGAUGGUGUGGAGAUAUCCGUGGAAUCCAGUCAGGUGCAGAAUCUCACCGAAUCUCUUCUUCAAAGUGGCAACCUUAAACUUGCUGGCUUGGGAGCCAGGGAUUCCCUGAGAUUGGAGGCGGGUCUUUGUCUCUAUGGCAGUGAUAUUGACUCCAAAACCACUCCCGUUGAAGCAGCACUCUCUUGGUUGGUUUCCAAAAGGCGCCGAACCACUAAGGAUUUCCCAGGAGCUGAAGUAAUUCUCCGCCAACUCAAGGAAGGAGUAAGCCGCAGGCGAGUGGGCUUCCAAAUGGUGGGAACAAAGCCACCACCAGCUCGUUCCGGAGUGGCCAUCUUUAGCCAGGGUCAACAAGUGGGUCAGGUUACCAGUGGUUGCCCCAGUCCAAGUACUGGACGAAACAUUGCCAUGGGAUAUGUUUCUGAAAGCCUGAAGUCUCCUGGCACAAAGGUGGAAUUCAAGGUUCGAGACAAAUUGUACGAGGCAGAGGUCUCUAAAAUGCCUUUUGUUAAAGCCAACUACUACAGCCAGCCAAAGAAAUAAACUAAUCAAACUCACGAAAUACCCA